AUGAUCCACGUGUUUCUGACGAACGGUUGCGCAAGAAUAAACACGCUGAGAAUCUUCGAUGAUGCAGGCCCUCGUCGUCCAACUGACAGGCGUUUACUCAGGACCUCGUGCAUACACUUUCACUGGCCGUGUCUAUUCACAUGUGUAGUUUGGUUUUCUAUGAAUAAGAAAACAAUAACAGGACAACCAAUAGAACCGCCCGACCGAACAGCUAAUCGCGGUCAGAGGUCAUCCCCAGCUAACAGCACGUAUAUUAACACACACGUGACACUACUCAACGCACAACCACUAACCCACCGCUACGCACAACUUCACUCUCCAGUAACGCACUGGUACUUGUUUUAUUCUGCGUUUAUACCAGACCUAGACUUGAACCUGAGCUCCAAUUUUCACCCCCAAUCGGUUCUACGGUUUGUGCGUUGCACGAAGCGGCUUCAUCGUAACGUCAUGUAA